CCUAAGAGACUGGAUCCAUCCUCUUCAAGCUCUGCAGUGUAGGAUCUGGAACCAGAGGGGAAGGACAGAUGUACAAACAUUGAGCUUACUUAAAAUUAUGAUCCUCUAGGGAAGCAGAGCAAAGUUGCCUUUUAUGGUUCCCAGCAAAUCCUGGCAAUGUGUGAGAACGUCCCCUUGCACCCUCCCUGCGAGUUCCUCCAGGCUGUUCCCUGCUGAGAAAUCAGGGGAGGAAAAUAAACCCGAGCCAACCCAGCCCCUUGUUGUGGUGAGUCGCUGGGAGGGUUCCACAGCUGGAAACGCGUCCUGCCAGGCUGUGGGAGCACUCAGUGCCCCAGCAGGCAUGAGCCUGAAAACUGUGCUCAUCCUCCUUGGUCUGGCGCUGGCCACAAUAUUCGCUUUGGUCUGCGUGCUGCUGACCAGAGAAAGGACCCCCAGAACCUGCCAGCACCUGCCCCCAGAGCAGGAGGAGAUGGAGGAUGGCCAGAGCCUGGUGUUUGCUGACCUGACCCCUGAGGAGCUGUCCCAGGUGGUGCGGUACCUGCAGGGACACCUCGGGGUGCCGCUGGUUGAGGCCUCCCGCGCCAAACCCUCGGACAACUGCAUCGCCUCGGUGGAUGUGCAGGUGCCCGGCAAGGCAGAGGUGCUGCGGUUCCUGGACGGCGCGGGGGCUCGUCCCCGCCGAGAGGCGCUGGCUGUGCUGUACUUUGGGAACCAGCCAGACCCCAACAUCACCGAGUACGUGGUGGGGCCGCUGCCGACGCCGGCGUACCACCGAGACGUGACGGUGCAGAAGUACGGGGGGAAGGUGCCGUACCACCGCAGACCCGUUACCGGCAAGGAGUACGCGGACAUCAACGCCCUCAUUCAGAGGGAGCUGAAAAAGGCGCCGCGCUUCCUCACUGCGUGCUGUGAGUCUGACGGGACCAGCCUGGUCGUCCUCACCACGGCCCCUCGGGGCUUCAAGUCUGGUGACCGUGUGACCUGGUUUGUUCUUUUCCACAACGUGGCUGGCACUGGCUAUUACCUGUCUCCUGUGGGGCUGGAGGUGCUGGUGGACCACGGGGACCUCCACGUCUCCCGGUGGCAGCUGCGCCAAGUCUUCUACAACGGCCGGUACUUUGCCAGCACGGGGGAUCUGGAACAGGAGUUUGUGGCCGGUACUCUGGAGGUUGUCAGGCUCAAGCAGCCCCGGGCUGAUGCAGUGCUGGGCUCAAUGAAGCCCCGGCGCCCACCUGGGUCCCCAGGCCCACUGCAGUUUGAGCCCCAGGGUCCCCGCUACAGCGUCAGGGACAACCACAUCUCCUUCCAGGGCUGGAGCAUCGCCUUCGGCAUGAACCCCAACACUGGCCCGCGCCUCUUUGACAUCAGGUUCCGUGGGGAGAGGAUUGUCUACGAGCUGAGUCUGCAGGAAGCCUUAGCCCUGUAUGGCUCCAACUGCCCCGGGGGCAUGUCCACCCGCUACCUCGACGGCAGCUUUGGCAUCGGCAGGUUUGCCUACGAGCUGGUCCGGGGCCUGGACUGCCCCUACACUGCGACCUACGUGGACCGGCACUACCUGGCAGAGGCAGAUACUCCCAAAACCAACCAAAACUCACUCUGUAUUUUUGAACAUGACUCUGCCGUCCCUCUGAGGCGCCACUUCUCCGACUCACAGUCCUUGUACUACGGCGGGCUGCGGAAAAACACGCUGGUCAUCCGUACCAUCUCCACGCUCAUUAACUACGACUACAUCUGGGACUUCAUGUUCCACGGCAACGGGGCCGUGGAGGUCCGGGUGCAUGCCACUGGCUACAUCAGCUCCUCCUUCUUCCAUGGCCGAGGCACUGACUAUGGCAACAGAGUGGGACCCCACACGCUGGGGACGAUGCACCUCCACCACAUCCACUACAAGGUGGACCUGGAUGUUGACGGGCAGCUGAACUCCCUGGAGACCCAGGAUAUGGAGUAUGAGUUUGUCAAAGAUCCCUGGAGCGCACAGAACACCAUUGAGCGGCCAUACCUCCGCAGACAAAGGCUGGAGAAGGAGGAUGAGGCAGCGUUCCCACUCAAUGUCCCCAUGCCCCGCUACCUCUCCUUUGUCAGCCCCAAUCCCAACAAGUGGGAGCACCCACGCAGCUACCGGAUCCAGAUCAUCAGCUUUGCUGGGAAGCACCUGCCCACCAACAGCUCCAUGGAGCGCUCCAUCAGCUGGGGCAGGUACCAGCUGGCCGUGACCCGGAGGAAGGAGGAGGAGCCCACCAGCACCAGCAUCUACAACCAGAAUGACCCCUGGACGCCCACUGUGGCCUUUGCUGACUUCAUCAACAACGAGACCAUCACCAACGAGGACUUGGUUGCCUGGAUCACUGUGGGGUUCCUGCACGUCCCUCAUGCUGAAGACAUCCCCAACACGGUGACUGUGGGGAAUGGUGUCGGCUUUUUCCUGAGGCCCUACAACUACUUCAACGAGGAUCCCUCAGUGGAUUCAUCUGACAGUGUCUACUUCAGCAGUGAACAGGAUGUUGGGGCCUGUGGGGCCAAUCCCCUUGCCUGCCUGUCCUCUGCCACUGCCUGUGCCCCCCGCCUGCCCCCCUUCCACUUUGGGGGCUUCCUCAACCUCAGCCUGGCACCGCCUUUUGGUGGGCUCUGAUGGGCCAGGGGGUGCUGCUGGCUCUCGGGUGGGUGCUCAGAGGGUCUCUGUCCCACAGCAGGACCUGCCCAGGGUGUCAUGUGCUCAGGGUCAGGUUUUGGGAGAAGCUCAGUUCUUGUUUCAGUGCUGCAGCUGUGCCAAAAAAGGACCCAAAACCUCUGAAAAACAAGCCCUGGGAGUGAUUUCAUUCUUUCAUCCUGGAUGUCACCCUGUGUAUUGUGACAUGCCCAUAGCCGCUCCCCUCCUCUGGGAUGGGGCUUCCACCUUCUCAUCAUCGGUGUACCCAGGGUGACAGUGCUGGCCAAGGCUGCCCAUAGCACAAAGCUGCAGCUGCCCUAGGAGCUGAGGUUUUGCCCACAGUGGCAGGAGUGAGGGCUGUGGUGUUGCUGUGGACCUGCCAUGGGAUGCCCAAACAUCCUCCCAGCCACACAGCCAUUGCAGCAUCACGGCCUCUGUGCCCAGGCACUGCCAGGCUCUGGCUGCUGCUGCCAGCUCUGCAGAUGGAGAUGCACUGGGCUCGCUGGGAGGCUGCUGGAGCUCAUGGCUGGGCUGUCUCAUGUCUGCCUUUCCCAAUAAACAGGCACUCGAGUGCUUUUCCUGAACAAACUCGCGUAGCUCACGGGUGCUGCUCUGUCUCCUGUGGCCGGGGCCAGACCCAGCACAGCUGAUGCUGUGGGAGCUGCUGCCCUGCUGGGGAUGGCCCUGGCUCAGCUCUGUGGGGGUCCAAGGGAUGUGGGGCCACCCCAGUGCCCGGCGUGGCUGUGCGAGCGUGUCCUGGCAAUGCUCCUGGACCCCGGUGCUGGCAGCAGACUCCUGCCAGGGAAUAUGGAGCAACUGAUGGAGUUAAUGUUUAACAGUUGUUCUGAGCUGUGUUAAUUAGUUCUGGGCUUGGCUGCUGCCCAAUGUGCUCAGCCCCCCUGUGUGGGGACCCUUGAUUCCACACCCCUGGCUGCAUGUGGAGCUCUGGGCUGCAGGAUCCCACAGCCCAGAGCCCAUCCCCACCGUGCCAGGCUGGGAUGGGGACACCAAGGAGCUUGGUAAGGCCAGUGCCAGCCCUGGCACAGGGCUAAGCACUCACCAAAGUGUCCCUGGGGGCAUGGUGGCUAUCCAUCCCCUCUAACCCCCUGCUGUAGUGGAUGGGUCUGUCCAGAACGUGCUGUGAGGGGCUUGAGCAGCUCUACUGCCAUGUGCCCCUGGGAGCCAGCUCAGCUUGCUGCAGCACACGGGAGAGGUGAUGGGGGGAGAGGGCAGCUCAGGCCAUGGCUCAGUGAGAGGUUGCAGCGGUCCCUGAGUGCCCUGGGGUGACAGCAGGGGCUGUGCCCAGAGGCUCCUGGCAGGAGCAGUGCGAGAGGGAGGUCGUGUCCAGCCAGCUCCCAGCCCGACACCGCGUGCCCACAUGUGCGGUGCUGCCUGGACUCUGCUCGUGCACUGACGCAGUGACCACGCUGCCACAGCACAGCCUGCACCUUGCAGCUGUCUGGGAACAUUCUGGACCAAACACUGGCACUGCACAUGGCACAGCACCCACUGGUGCUGCACUGGCCAGAGCUGCAUUCAGAACCUUGGGAAUCACGGGCACAGCGUGUCCCAGAGCCAGCUGCUGCCCUCACACAGCUCCUGGGCUGGGAGCUGCUCCUGGGCUUGCUGUGCACAGACCCAGGGCAGAAAUUGGGUUCUCCCAGCCUGGCCCCACUCCUUCCCUGGGAAAGCCAGCCAGUUUAAAGUGCACAUGCCCAGGGUGCUGCUGGCAGGGCUGCAGAGCACAGGGGAUGAGCUGGACCCUGAGCAAUUGUCAGAGCAGCCAGGAUGCAGAGCCCUGCAGUGCCUGGGCAGCUUCAGCUCCUUCCCUGCCCUGCCCCAGAUCCACACAGUGACUUUGGGGCUGGGCAUUCACCUGCAGGGCAGGCCAUGGAGCAGCGCUGGGACCGUGUGGACCCUGGCACCUCUGGCACAGUCCUGAGCAGUGCCAUGUGCUCCUGGCACUGCACAGCAGGGCUGAGCCACUCUGUCCCCUGUGCUGGGAGGGAGGAGAUGACUGCUUCCAUCCUGCUUCCUGCCCUCUCCCCACUCUGGCCCCAGUUUUCCUGCAGUGAUUUUUUCCAUCCCCCAACACCUUUUGCCCCAUUUUCCGCUGUGAAAUCUCCUGUGAAGGAUUUAUUGCUGAUGGUUUCAAAAUAUUUUUGGAACGGAAGCCAAGUCUGUUGCAUUCCUUCACGCUGGCCAAAGCCACUCUCAGUUGACGACCCUGGAAUGAGCUGUUGGGGAAUUUGCUUUUCAAGAGUAAUUCCAUUUCUGUGCAAACUUCUGUUUUGUUGGGAUGUUUUGCAGGUUAGGAGCUCAGUCCAGGGUCUGGGACCAUCUUCCUUGGGUGCAGCAAGGCCAGGCUGGAUAGGACAUGCCUGCAGCAGGGCUGAGUCUGUGGCCUUUGCCUGCUUGUCUCACAGGGCACCCAUGCCCAUAUCCCAGGGAGCGAGGUUUGCUGUUGUUUUGCCUGUCAGUCCCCAUGGCUCCCUGGGCUCUGCAUGAGCAGAGGGGCAGGAUGGGGCCUGAAAGUGCUGCUGUUUGUCAGCAGGACUCACUACUGGACACAGCUCUCACAGAGGCAAACAACAUAGGGCAGGGGUUCAAGGAUCCUGACGUGAAUUUUCUCAGGGGGGAGAUAAGUGAUGCAUUUCACUGGCUGUUGAUCAUUAAUGCCUCACUGCCUGUUCAGCUGUGGUGGGUGCUGGCUGGGCACCCUGUGCUGCUGCUGCAGGGCUGUGUGUCCAUGCUCUGGCAGCUGUGGAGGAUAAAGCUGCAGUGCCAGGGACAGCAGAGUGCAGCUGGGGUGGAGGGGACGGCCAUGGGCACUGCAGGAUGAGCUGUGUGUUUGGCUCUGUACCUACAGCUGGGUCUGAUGGGGAAGGAGGGGUUAACCCAGUGGAGCAGUGCUGGGAGGAGAAGUGCUGUCCCUUUUUGCAAGGGUCCUUUAGCCCCCCACUAGAGAUCAGAACAUGGCUGGCAGCCAGGAGCAUCCCAGGCCUGGCUGUCUGGGACUGCAGGGACCUCCAGCAAUGGCUUUGAAAGUUUCUCAUUAUGCAAAGUCCUGGUUAAAUUAGCCUGGCAGAUGAGGAGAGGGGUGGGCAGUCUGCCCUCUGCUCCAUGCACCCACUCCAUGCUCCUGGACAUCCUUGCCAUGCUCUGGUGGUGGUUCACAGGGGGAUGGCAGAGAGACCAGAGCAACUGUCAGCCCUGGACAUGGCAGCUCUGCAGGACUGUCACACACACAGGGUAAUGGAGCAAGGGCUGUGGUUCAGUCAGAGCUGAACUGUUGUAUUGGAUAGCUGGAGAAGCCAGGCCUGCAGGAUCCCCCUGAGUGAGGGGAUGGGGCAGGGCAGGGGAUGCUGCUGGAGCUGGAGCACCCUGCACUCCACGUGCCCUCGAAGCCUG